AUGCGCCCAAAUACAGUCUUGCUGGCGCCGCUGGCAUUGUUUGCCUCGGGUGCCCUUGCGUUCUACCCGUAUACGCCGCCGUGGCUGAAGGAGCUUGAAGAGCACAAUGCUGGUGAGGCAAAGAGGAGUACGGAAAAUGGCAUGACAUUUGACAUCAGGCGAAGAGCAUCUAGACGUGCUCCUGCGUCACAAGAAGAAAAAGCGGCAUGGCAAGCAGCCUUGCUAGCUCACAAAUACAACGAACGAAGUCCCCCGAAUCCCAGCCAUGAUUCAAAACUCUCAAAACGAGGCAACCAGUUCCACAUCAUGGAGGCCGUUGACCCCAAGACUCCAAACACUGCCGGUCUCGACCAGGAUGGCACCGAUUAUUCGUACUUUGUAGAGGCUUUGAUUGGUUCUCAGAAGACCAAGCUCUACAUGCUGCUCGAUACCGGGGCUGGCUCGAGUUGGGUCAUGGGCAGCGACUGCAUAUCUCAAGCGUGUUCUCUGCACGACUCCUUUGGGCCUAAAGAUUCGAGUACACUGAAGACCAGUUCAAAGGAUUUCUCCAUCGCGUACGGGUCUGGAUCUGUUAGCGGUUCAUUGGUCAACGAUACUAUCGAGGUGGCAGGCAUGAGCUUGCCGUAUCAGUUUGGGUUGGCCACCAAUACCUCUUCGGACUUUGUGCACUUUGCCUUUGAUGGCAUCCUUGGCAUGUCCAUGAACAGUGGCGCCAAUGAGAACUUCCUGUCGGCAUUGGAGAGUGCCGGCUUAUUGCAGAAGAGCAUCUUCUCCGUCGCCCUGGCUCGAGCAUCUGACGGCUACAAUGAUGGCGAAGUCACGUUUGGUGCCACGAACCCUUCUAGAUACACUGGCUCCAUCACCUAUACUUCCAUUCCUGCUGGUACUGACUGGUCCAUUCCGUUGGACGACAUGUCCUACAACGGCAAGAAAGCUAGCGCUGGUGGUAUCAAUGCUUACAUCGAUACCGGUACCUCCUACAUGUUUGGCCCAGCAAAGAAUGUCAAGGCCUUGCACUCUGUCAUUGAUGGAGCCCAGAGCUCGGACGGCGUCACUUGGACGGUUCCCUGUGAUACUACCACCCCUAUCGUCGUCACCUUUUCUGGUGUUGAUCAUCCCAUCUCCCCCGAGGACUGGGUCUCCCCCAAGGAUAGCACUGGAAAGUGCACCAGCAACGUCUACGGCUAUGAGGUAGUCUCUGGAUCCUGGCUCUUUGGUGACACGUUUCUCAAGAACGUCUACGCCGUCUUCGACAAAGACCAGACGCGAAUUGGUGAGUAA